CACACACUUCGAAAAUAGUUUUCGCUCUUUUUCUAAAGUUGAAUUUGGUAAUACAUGGGAGACUGGAUUCCACCAUUGUCAUGUGACACAUUUGUUGCACUGCCACCAGAAACGGGGAAACAUGGCCAUGGGGGUGUUAUUUUUGGAAAGAACUCUGACCGCCCACCAAUGGAAGUUCAGGAAGUGAUUUAUUGCAGCGCUCAGGAUCAUGCAUCAGGUUCAAAACUUCAGUGUACAUACAUCGAAGUGUCUCAAAUUCCCCAUACAUAUGCAGUGACACUCAGCAAGCCAGCCUGGAUGUGGGGUGCUGAGAUGGGAGCCAAUGAAAAGGGAGUUGUGAUCGGGAAUGAGGCUGUAUGGACCAAGUUGUGUGACCCAGUGAAGGAUCUUGAAGAGAAAUUGUUGGGCAUGGACCUUGUGAGACUUGGUCUUGAAAGAGGUGGUACUGCUAAAGAAUGCCUUGAUGUGAUAACGCACCUGUUGGGGCAAUAUGGGCAGGGUGGGCCAUGCUUUGAAGAAGAAUCCCGUCGAGGGUUAUCUUACCAUAACAGCUUUUUGAUUGCUGAUGCUUCUGAGGCAUGGAUACUUGAGACAGCAGGACAUCUAUGGGCAGCUGAACAUAUUACGAGUGGUGUGCGUAACAUCUCUAAUUUGCUGACAAUUCAUACCAAAAUUGAUGCUAGUCACCCCGAUCUGAGGCACUAUGCACAGCAGGCAGGCAUGUGGAAAUCAGGAGAUGGGGAGUUUGACUUUGCGAAGGUGUUUCAUUCAGAUAAUAGACCUUUUCCUCUUGAGGAGCGUGAAACAGGGCACUUUAGAUUUACAAGCGGGAAAAACCUCAUGGAAAAGUUUGCAGCAAAUAACAAAUUCACUGUAGGAAAUAUGAUGUCAGUGCUUCGUGACAAAGAAGGGAACAUAUGUCGUGAUGGCAGUGUAUCACAAACAGUUGGCAGCCAAGUAUCGCUACUUUACCCAAAAGAGAACAAAUCCCCCAAUGUACACUGGUUCACAGGGACCCCUGAUCCCUCAAUAUCAGUAUUCAAGCCAACCAUAUUUAGUGAUACAAUUGACAUUGGAACCAGCACCAAGUCACCAGAUUAUGGAGAUAAAGACCCUCGCAUAUCAAAAUUCCACUCAAAAGUUGAUCGUGAACAUGAUUUGUAUUUAGCUCACCAGAUGGCACUGAAAGAUAACCAGGAUAAGACUAUCGUUGAAAAAUUACGAGUAAUUGAAAAGCAGCAUUUACAUGAUGUACUUGGGAGUUUGGUAAACCUGAGUGCUGUCAAACUGAAUGAGAUUGCUGAUAUGUUUAAAAGUCUAGUCAACAUAGAACUUCAGCAUUAUAAGGAUAUAGGAUCAAGUGAUAAUAGAGCAUAGACUUAACUUUAUUGAGAAUGCAACUUCAUACAUCAUACAUUGACGGUAUCAUGCUAUUCAUGCAAUGCUUAUGAUGUUAUUUCAUGUGCAAUAAAACAGAAUGAUAUGAUGUAACUUUCUUCGUCCUUUCAUUUUUUUAAAGGUCAACACCAACUUUUUAUGAUAUUAUCAAACAUAUCAUCCUAUUCUUCUAUAUAGGCCUAAGUAUAAUAUGUAAAGCAUCAAUGUAUUCUCUGCCAUAUAGAUGAGGCAAUGGAUAUACAAUACAAUUAUGAAAAGUU